UGAAAGAUGAGGCUUUCUCCUGUGGUAAAGAGCUACAGCCUCAGAAACUCACAGGAGCAGUUCUGCCUUGUGCUGUAGGGUAGCUGUGCGUUGGCAUUGACCCAAUGGCAAUGAAUUUGAUUGUUGUUUAAAAAAGAACAAACCCCGAGUAUUCACAAUGAAGGUGUGUGAAUUACAACCCAGUGACGCAAAGGAGGCGGGAGCCAGUGAGGUGGGGGUGAAGGGUGGGUUGGGUGUGGUAGAGAGAACCAGUUACUAUUCAGGACCUGGGGAGAAGCCGAUUUGUUCUGAGUAAAUGUGGUGGAGACAGCUGCUUGGCGUGGAGUCGGGAGGAGAGAGUGCCCAUAGGUAGGCCAUGGGAGUGGUCAGUGCAGAAAUAAGUCUAGGGAGUGCGUGGGGGGACCAGAGGAAGUCCUACAGAGAGGUCGGGAUCCAACACUGGGCCCAGGGCACCUCUGCUGCGGCUGCUCUUGUGUCUCUUUAAGCGGGGCCAGGCCCGGCCGGGGAACGUGGAGGAAGACCGGCUUCAGGUUCAGGUCCCUGUGGGCGCUCCCUCCAAUUGAUGCGAGGUGUCUUUAGCACCAUGGCGGAACAGGAUGUGGAAAACGAGCUUCUGGAUUACGAGGAAGAUGAAGAGCCCCAAGCCCCGCCAGAGAGCACCCCGGUUCCCCCCAAGAAAGACGUCAAGGGCUCCUACGUGUCCAUCCACAGCUCUGGCUUCCGGGACUUUCUGCUGAAGCCUGAGCUGCUCAGGGCCAUCGUGGACUGUGGCUUUGAGCAUCCUUCUGAGGUCCAGCACGAGUGCAUUCCUCAGGCCAUCUUGGGCAUGGACAUCCUGUGCCAAGCCAAGUCGGGCAUGGGCAAGACGGCAGUGUUCGUGCUGGCCACCCUGCAGCAGAUUGAGCCUGUCAACGGACAGGUGACGGUCCUGGUCAUGUGCCACACGCGGGAGCUGGCCUUCCAGAUCAGCAAGGAGUAUGAGCGGUUCUCCAAGUACAUGCCCAGCGUCAAGGUGUCUGUGUUCUUCGGCGGGCUCUCCAUCAAGAAGGACGAGGAGGUGCUGAAGAAGAACUGCCCGCACGUCGUGGUGGGGACCCCCGGCCGCAUCCUGGCGCUGGUGCGCAACAGGAGCCUCAACCUGAGGAACGUGAAGCAUUUUGUGCUGGACGAGUGCGACAAGAUGCUUGACCAGCUAGACAUGCGGCGGGAUGUGCAAGAGAUCUUCCGCCUGACGCCGCACGAGAAGCAGUGCAUGAUGUUCAGCGCCACCCUGAGCAAGGAGAUCCGGCCCGUCUGCCGCAAGUUCAUGCAGGAUCCCAUGGAGGUGUUCGUGGACGACGAGACCAAGCUCACGCUGCACGGAUUGCAGCAGUACUACGUCAAGCUCAAGGACAGCGAGAAGAACCUUGAGCAGAGUCGAUAA